AGUCUUGGCUCGGCGAUCUGGAAAGCAGCCGCCGUCAAAGCAAACCACUUGGCAUUCGCGCUGGGCAAGCUGAGCAGUGCGAGCGUCAAGUGUCGCGACGGUUUUUUCAACUUUUUCACCGCUGACAACUGUUUUUUGUUUUCGUAAAGCGUUGCGUUGCGUUGCGUUAUUAUUUUUUUUGUGUUUUUGUGCUUGCGCGAGAGCGUUCGAUCGAUCGAGCUACUCGAUCAUCAGUGGUAAACAAAGCGAGAUCGCGCCAUCAUCCAGUGAGCAGCAUCAUUAACCAGGACAGACCGAUCCAGCCAUGGAGGUGUACACGUCAGACAGCUCGGACACGGAUUCGCGAGAGCAGAAGACCCUGGACUUUGGGCGCAUGAGCCUAGACCUGGUGACCCUUGAAGAUCAUCUGGCCUCCCCGCAAAAGGCUCUGCUUAAGUCCAGUGGCGACAUCGAGACCAUGCUGCUCAAUCACAAUCGCCUGGUGGGUCUGCCCCGUCUCCUGAUGCAGUUCGCCAAUCUGAAGGUCCUGGAUCUCAGCUCAAAUGCCAUCACCACUUUGCCGGAUGCCGUCUGUCAGCUGCCUUUAGUGACUCUGAUUGCCAAGAACAACCUGUUGACCAAUGCCUCGCUUCCCAAGUCUUUGCUGUCCAAACAGGCCAAUAGUACUUUCGGUGGAACCACCUCAACGCUCAAGGAACUCAAUCUGAGUGGCAACCAGUUGACCCACUUCCCGGAGCAGGUCACCGAGCUGCGACACCUCAAGUACUUGUAUCUGGGCGCCAACAAGAUCUCCAGCAUCUCAAAGGAUAUCUGGAAGAUGCAGAGCCUACAUGUGUUGUCUUUGGGUGGCAAUCUGAUCAGCGAAGUGCCCGAGGCGGUGGGCUCACUUAACCAGCUGCAGGCUCUCGUCCUUUGCGAUAACCUCAUCGAGAUCCUGCCAACGAGCAUCGCCCGACUGAAGAACCUCAAGUCGCUGUUGCUCCACAAGAACCGACUCCGACAUCUUCCCAAGGACAUUGUGGCACUGAAGAACCUGACGGAGCUAAGUCUCCGCGACAAUCCGCUGGUGGUACGCUUUGUGCAGGAUAUGGCAUUGAAGCCACCCACUCUCCUGGAACUGGCCGGUCGUAUGGUUAAGGCCAGCGGCCAGCGACCCGGACCCUAUGACAUCCCAAGGACACUGGCUGAGUAUUUGAACAGCGCCAAUUGCUGUGUGAAUCCCAACUGCAAGGGCGUCUUCUUUGACAAUCGGGUAGAGCACAUCAAAUUCGUGGACUUCUGUGGAAAGUAUCGAGUGCCAUUGCUGCAGUACCUCUGCUCCUCCAAGUGCAUUGAGCCAGAGCAGCCGGCGGCUAGGGGUUCAGCCGUGCCGGCGGCGAACGCCAGCAGCGGCUUCAUGAUGCGCAAGGUCCUGCUGGGCUAGCCGGCCAAACCGGCCCGGCCCGGCCCCCACUCCGGCUCCUGGGCCAUAUCCAUAUUAUCCGGGAGCGCGAACGGAGCGUCGACCGAUCCGGUAUCGGAUUUGGAGCGGACACAGAGAGACGAAAUCGAUAUCGGAUUAGGAAUCGGAGGCGGAAGCGGAAUCGGGAAUCGGGAAUGGAAACGAAAACAUAGAACGGUAGCGGAAAUGGUGAGCGGACCCACGCGUUCCGAGGAGCCGAGGAGUCCGGCAGCCACCUGGAGUUAACCGCUAUCUGGGAUUCCCCCCUCCCAUAUUGGCUUCUUCACACGUUAUCAAAUCCAAUUUGAACUAGUUUUGCUAUAAGUGAUUACGACCUGUUUGUUUGCUCGCUCGCUCCUUGCGUGCCAUAUUCUCUGUUUCUGUUUGUUUGUUUGCUUGUUGUUAUCCACACUUACACAAUCUAUACCAAAGAAACUCUGGCUGGCUUUCACUGGGCAGUAAAAAGGAUUCAAGUGGCUUACAAAGCAUUCGGUGAUAUAUAUACUCUAUAUACCUAUAUAUGAAAGAUUGCAGUAGUUGAGUGCCUUUGUCUGCGAAUGCAGUCCAACCACCUUAUCAAGACCCACUAAUUGAGUUAGUAACAAAAACUAGUGAAACCAAAAAGAAUAGAUAUUCCAUUCAGCCUUUUCUUAGAACUAUAGAAAUGCAAACCUAAUAAAAUUUUGACCAGUA